UAUAGCCGUGCAGGUGCAGUGCAAGGGGCCGAAAGAUUUUUCGCCUAACUCUGAACUCUGAAGUUUGAACUCGAUUACGAUAGACGAUAGUAUCGGCAGCGUAAGAUUUGAGUGAGUAAUUGCUGACCGCCAAAACGAGAAUUUGGAGCUUGAAGGAACCGAGGCUGUUCUCGUUAUCACUCAGGAGAAGGGGGCGUAUUUUAGGGUUUUCGGUGGGGAAGAUGCUGGACUGUCUCAGACUCUGGAGCAUAUAUUCUAGCGGAGUGCGGUUGGAGGAAGCUUGAUUUAUAGAGACUUUGCCAGUUCUAAACCUAAAAUUUCUGACUGCCAAAAGGAAUUCUCGAAGAUCAGAACCGCCGCAGUUUCAAUCCCCGCGGCUCAGGCGGCUUUCAAUCUCAGGUGCGCAAAAACCCUUAACCUAACCCUCAUUUCCUAUAAAUUUCUUUCUGUAUUUCAUUAGAUCUCUUCUCUGGAGCCCAAUAAUGGCGGUUGAGGUUCAAGAUGAGGGUUUGAAGAAACUUGAAUACUUGUCCCUCGUUUCAAAGGUCUGCACCGAACUCGAAUCCCAUCUUGGGUUCGGUGACAAGGUCUUGGCCGAAUUCAUCACGGACAUGGGUCGAAAUUGCCAGACUGUCGAUGAGUUCGACGCGAAAUUGAAAGAAAAUGGUGCCGAGAUGCCGGAUUACUUUGUUCGAACGCUACUUACUAUAAUCCAUGCUAUUCUUCCUCCAAUACCUAAAACUGAGAAGGAAAAGAAGAAAGAUGCCGCCAAUGGUAAGAAGACGGCAUUCCCAGGUCUUGCAAUUGCAGAUAGUAAAGAGAGAGCGAAGGAGCUGGAGAGGGAAAUCGAGCAAGAGACGAGGGGACGACGAAGAGAUGAAGAAAGUAAACCAAGGGAUAGGGAAAGAGACAGAGACAAAGACAGAGACAGAGACAGAGACAGAGACAGAGACAGAGACAGAGACAGAGACAGAGUUAGGGAUAGGGACAGGGAUAGAGAUAAAGAGAGGGAUUGGGACAGGGACGGUAGAAGAGAUAAGCAUAGGGACAGAUACAAGGAUGAGAUGGAUGAUAGGAGAGACAGACGCAGAGACAGGGAUAAUGACGAUAGAAAUGAUUCCAGGAGUAGGGCAAGACACAGGGAUAGGCAUACAGGAGAUGGGAGAGAUGGAUAUGAAGAGAACGAUUAUGAUAGGGAUUCUAGAGAGGAUAAAAGAGACAAUAAGAACCGGCAGGACAGCUUUCACCAUUCAGAUGAGCCCGAACUGUUUAAGGUUUAUGCAGGAAGGGUAUCCAGAGUGAUGGACACGGGCUGCUUUGUCCAGCUGAAUGAUUUUAGAGGCAAAGAAGGAUUGGUCCAUGCCUCUCAGAUUUCCAGUCGAAGGGUUGCAAAUGCAAAGGAAGUAGUGAAGAGGGAUCAGGAGGUAUUUGUGAAGGUCAUUUCAAUGUCAGGCCAGAAAAUGAGUCUUUCAAUGAGGGAUGUUGAUCAGAACACUGGAAAAGAUCUCCUUCCAAUGAAGAAGAGUACAGAUGAUGAUGCUUUGAGGGCAAACCCUUCAGGCACAAACCAGGGUCCUGUAACAAGGACAGGACUUUCAGGGAUUAAAAUUGUGGAAGAAGACAAUGCCAUCCCUUCAAGAAGACCCUUGAAGCGAAUGAGCUCACCAGAAAGAUGGGAAGCAAAGCAAUUGAUUGCUUCAGGUGUUCUAGAUGUAAGGGAAUAUCCUAUGUAUGAUGAAGAGGGGGAUGGGUUGCUCUAUGAGGAAGAGGGUGCUGAAGAAGAGCUUGAGAUUGAGCUGAAUGAGGAUGAGCCAGCUUUCUUGCAAGGGCAGAGCAGAUACUCUAUAGAUAUGUCACCAGUGAAGAUCUUCAAGAAUCCUGAGGGUUCAUUGAGUCGUGCAGCAGCACUGCAAUCUGCUCUCAUUAAGGAACGGAGAGAGAUGAGGGAGCAGCAGCAGCGGACAAUGCUUGACUCCAUCCCAAAAGAUCUGAACCGUCCUUGGGAGGACCCAAUGCCUGAGACAGGGGAGAGGCAUCUUGCACAAGAGCUGAGGGGUGUGGGUCUGUCAGCCUAUGACAUGCCUGAAUGGAAGAAGGAUGCUUAUGGGAAAGCCUUGACAUUUGGGCAGAGAUCAAAGCUUUCCAUACAGGAACAAAGACAGAGUUUACCCAUUUAUAAAUUGAAGAAAGAACUGGUUCAGGCGGUACAUGAUAACCAGGUGUUGGUUGUCAUUGGAGAAACUGGAUCAGGCAAAACAACACAGGUAACACAGUAUCUAGCUGAAGCAGGAUACACAACUAGGGGUAAGAUUGGAUGUACUCAGCCUCGUAGGGUGGCUGCUAUGUCUGUUGCAAAGAGAGUUGCAGAAGAGUUUGGGUGUCGUUUAGGUGAGGAAGUUGGAUAUGCUAUUCGGUUUGAGGAUUGCACUGGACCAGAUACAGUCAUUAAGUACAUGACUGAUGGUAUGCUCCUUAGGGAAAUUCUGAUUGAUGAGAGUCUUUCCCAGUACUCUGUGAUCAUGCUCGAUGAAGCUCAUGAGAGGACAAUCCAUACAGACGUGCUUUUUGGCUUAUUGAAGCAUCUUGUUAAACGGAGACCUGACCUUCGUUUGAUUGUCACAUCUGCCACAUUGGAUGCAGAGAAAUUCUCUGGUUAUUUCUUCAAUUGUAAUAUAUUCACCAUUCCUGGAAGAACAUUUCCAGUUGAAAUCCUGUAUACAAAGCAGCCAGAAAGUGAUUAUCUAGAUGCAGCAUUAAUUACUGUCAUGCAGAUCCACUUGACAGAACCUGAGGGGGACAUACUUCUAUUUUUAACUGGUCAAGAAGAGAUUGAUCAUGCUUGUCAGUGUCUUUAUGAAAGAAUGAAAGGCCUGGGGAAGAAUGUGCCAGAACUGAUAAUAUUACCAGUCUAUAGUGCCCUUCCUAGUGAAAUGCAAUCAAGGAUUUUCGAACCUGCUCCACCGGGAAAGAGAAAAGUGGUUGUGGCUACGAAUAUUGCUGAGGCUUCUUUGACUAUUGAUGGGAUAUUCUAUGUUAUCGAUCCUGGAUUUGCAAAGCAGAAUGUUUAUAAUCCCAAACAAGGACUUGAUUCGCUGGUCAUAACUCCUAUUUCACAAGCAUCUGCCAAGCAACGUGCUGGACGUGCUGGGCGUACAGGACCUGGUAAAUGUUAUCGUCUUUACACUGAGAGUGCAUACCGUAAUGAGAUGUCACCCACUACAAUUCCAGAAAUCCAGAGAAUUAACCUUGGGCAUACCACACUUACAAUGAAGGCUAUGGGUAUAAAUGACCUUCUGUCCUUUGAUUUUAUGGAUCCCCCUUCCCCUCAAGCUCUGAUCUCUGCCAUGGAGCAACUUUACAGUCUUGGAGCUCUUGAUGAGGAAGGGCUUUUGACCAAAUUGGGAAGGAAGAUGGCAGAAUUUCCACUGGAGCCACCUUUGUCUAAGAUGCUCCUUGCUAGUGUAGACCUUGGAUGCAGCGAUGAGAUUUUAACUAUCAUUGCAAUGAUUCAGACAGGAAACAUAUUUUACAGACCCAGGGAAAAACAAGCUCAAGCAGAUCAGAAGAGGGCCAAGUUUUUCCAGCCAGAAGGAGACCAUCUGACUUUACUUGCUGUUUAUGAGGCCUGGAAAGCGAAAAACUUUUCUGGGCCUUGGUGCUUUGAGAAUUUCGUUCAGUCUCGAUCUUUGAGGAGAGCACAGGAUGUCAGAAAGCAGCUUCUUACCAUCAUGGACAGGUACAAGUUGGAUGUUGUGAGCGCUGGGAAAAAUUUCACAAAGAUUAGGAAGGCAAUUACAGCAGGAUUCUUCUUCCAUUCUGCCAGAAAGGAUCCGCAGGAGGGUUACCGAACAUUAGUUGAAAACCAGCCAGUCUAUAUUCAUCCCAGCAGUGCUCUUUUCCAGAGACAACCAGACUGGGUCAUCUACCAUGAGUUGGUGAUGACUACAAAGGAGUACAUGCGUGAGGUUACUGUUGUUGACCCGAAAUGGCUAGUUGAACUCGCACCGAGAUUCUUCAAGGUUGCUGAUCCAACCAAGAUGAGCAAGCGCAAACGUCAAGAACGCAUUGAACCGCUUUAUGAUAGAUAUCACGAACCCAACUCUUGGCGAUUAAGCAAACGGCGCGCUUGACAGUUCUUAUCGGCUGUUUUACCAUGUUCCAUUUUUCCUCUUCCAUUUAACUGUAAAUAUUUUCAUCAAUGGUUAACUACUUUAGAUUAAUUCCUUGUCUGGGUCUGUUCUUUUGUAACGUUUUUUGUGGAUGAUCCUGUUUCCUGAACAUCUUCUAUAUUGGAGAUGGAAGAGUUGUCAUAAAUCUAUACCUAUUAUAAAAACGAGAAUGGUGCUCUGAGCCUAAUUUUUUGUAUUCCAAGUCUGCUUCUACCCUUCUUGUUUUCA